CAGUAAAUGGCUCCAUAUAAUUGGUCUGAAGUUGUAACACACUUGUGGUACUGAGUUUGGUACUCUGAGUUUGAGCUCCUCCAAUGUGCUGCAGAGCAAAGCGCGCUCACAGUUCAGUGCCACGCCACGGGGACGCGCACGGCUAUAAUAUCCUGAGACUGAAAGCAUCCUGACUUCAUUCAGCCAGAGACUGACUACAGGAGACUACAGGACAGUUGGAGACUUCUCCUCCUCGUAUGCAGGACAGAAGUGGUUCUUUCUAGAAGUUUCCAUUUCAAGAAUACACUCACAUGUUUGCAGAGUGGCAUGGUGCUGCAGGAUGUGUGACUUUGAAGGGAUUAUACUGAGGACAACAUGAUGGAUAUUGUUGGAUGUGUGCAUGUUUCUUAUUUUCUUUUGAUGCUAAAACGAAGAACUGUUGGACAUCUACUUGACCUCAGUUAGGACCUCCUGCAGCUCUGGCUUAAACCUGCUUUACAGUCACUCUGAUAUUAUUCUGCUGCAGUGACUUUUGCACUGAAUGCAUCUGGUCUCUAUUCUUUAACCGCAUUUCAUCCGGGAGUUUAAACAUCACUUGAAGGUUUGGACGCGCCUCUCUCGUCGUUUCAUUGAGCUCUUGCUGGUGGUGGCCAGUUCUCCCGAGGGAUGUUUCUGGUCUCCCAGGACCAGGGAGCGACAGCCCGGCUCCUGCAGCUGACCUCCGCCUCGUCCUGGUGCCUCUGCAGCGGACCUGAGAGGAGAUGAGAGCCGCGGUGUUCCUCCUCCUCGCCGGCUGCCUCUGCCUGUUGCGCACCGCUGCUGAGGAGUCUCCUCUCCCCCGGGAGCUGCUGGAGCGGCUCUCCCGCAGCGAGAUCCGCAGCAUCAGCGACCUCCAGCGGCUGCUAGAGAUAGACUCCGUAGAGAACGAGGUGAUAGAGGAGACCAAACACAGCUACCACAAGGACUUCUCUCACAGUUUCCCCGACCUGAAGAGAGACCACACACACACCAGACGCAGGAGGAGCACCGUGGUGGAGGAGGCCUUGCCGGCGGUGUGCAAGGUGCGGACAACGAUCUAUGAGAUCCCCAGGAGCCAGGUGGAUCCCACCUCGGCCAACUUCAUCAUCUGGCCGCCCUGCGUCGAGGUGAAACGCUGCACUGGCUGCUGCAACACCAGCAACAUGAGAUGCCAGGCGGCCCGCAAGCACCACCGCACGGUCAAGGUUGCGAAGGUGGAGUACGUACGGCGGCGGCCCAAGCUGAGGGAGGUGCAGGUGAGGCUGGAGGAUCACCUGGAGUGCAUGUGCACCAACAAACGCCACAUCAGCCCAAACUCAGACACAGACAAUGGCAUCAGGUGAAGAGAGAUGAAGGACAGGAAGAGGAGGACGACCUGAACCAGAGGACGAGCACCUUCAUCGCCACCUGCCAUCAGUGACUGUGACAGGUUUGAUGGAGUAUAUAUUUAGACCAGUGACCUUUGGGAGGUUUAAUGGAGGAUAACUGACUCAUACAGGACUUUGAAACGUUUGAACAAACUGCCAGAACA